GCUCUCUCCCUCUCUCUGAAUCGUGCGCGGAAGAAUCAUAGUCUCACAGGUAGCGUUAGAAAUCGUUCUGAGCCGGCAGAUUUAGGUUUUGAGGCUUUCUGCUACUUAGUUCGUCUCGUUAUUAACAACUUGCACUUCUUCCAUUGUAUGUAAGGAUAUGGAUACGUCAAACCCUGCAGUUUUUGUUAAUGGUGAGUUAUUGAGCAUGCAUUGUGGAAGAAAGAUUCGAGCAGUGGUUCAAGUUAUCCAAAGUGAUGGUGGAAUCGUUACAGGAAAAUCUACGGAUGAACAACAAUUGACUAUUCGUGGCUUGCCCACAGUCCCUCUCAUGAACUUUGUAGAGGUGGUUGGUAUUGCUGAGGCUAACAAGAUCAUCAAUGUUGAACAUUGGACUGACUUUGGAACCACUUUUGAUACUCAAUCUUACAAUCAGCUAUGCCAACUUGCAAAUGGGGAAUUCAGAAGUUUAUUUAUUUAAGGAUUAGUAGCUACGCCAUGAGAAGAGGCAAGAGGUGUAAUUUGUUAUGUGAUUUUGAGUUUUCUAUGUUUUUAACUCUUGUGGCAUGUUAACUUGUCUAACUGCCACUAAUUUAUUUAAAGCAACACGUGGUGUUUGUUUUGGUCUCUGUGUUAACUUAUGGAUUUCAAUUUCUCAUCUUCCUAGUAGUCCAGGUACUCGAUUUACACUUUUUUUUAUUUGUUG